GGAAACAAUUGUUUUAUUUUUUUAUUUUUUGUGGUAUUCAAAGUCCUGAAAAUUUUGCUUUUUUAUUUUAAUAUAAUGCCUUUUAGUAGACAUCGCAGUGGAUCGCAACGUUAUGAAAAUGAUUCGAGAAGACCAGUUAGGCGUUCACCUUCUCCGCCAAUGGCUUUUCGUCGUGAUUCGUCUGCUUAUUCACGUCCUUCGAGCUUUCGACCUCGUGUUGUUUAUUCAUCUCGUCCUCGACCUUUUUCCAUUCGUGCUUAUCGUGCCUCUGCAAUAUCAAGAUUCAGUACAAGAGAUCGACGUUCCUCUUCACCAUCUGGUUUUCAUCAACAUUCAUUUUCUUCAGAAAGAGGACGAAUAACUCGAGGUGUUUCGAGGGUUUCGCGAAGAGCUGAUUUUAUUGGAAGUUUUGGUCGUCCAAUUUAUUAUCAGCCAACUUAUGAAGUUUCUCCGGACAGAACAGCAGAAGACAAAUUGCCAGAUAAACCUGAGGAAGUUGUAGAAGACAGAGACGAACUUUUUUCUCAAAUGAUGGAGGCAAAGAGGAACGAAAACCUCGAUGACUACUACCGACUACGAGAUUUGCUCAAUGCUUUUGAUAGACGUAAUCCACAUUUGGCAUUUCGAGGAAGUGGAAGAAUUGCUAAAAGACGACUGUCUUUGUCGCCAGAAAGAAAUGGAGCCGAGAAACGAUUCAAGAGUGAAAAAGUAAAGGAAAAAUCAUCUAAAGAAGGGAAAAUUGCAGUUUUGGGUGAAGAAUUGGAAGAAGUUGAUUGCACUGAUAAAAAUGAAACUGGAUCCAAAGGAAAAAAUAAAGAAAUGGCUGCAGAUAUCACAAUGGAACAAAUUAGCAACGAAGAUUUGGAAAGAGACGAUAAUUUUGAGGAUUUUGAUUAUGACGAAAAAAGUGCAACUAAAGAGGAUAUUUACUGUGGAGAUGUUUAUGAAGAAGAAAAUGCUGUUGAUCUUGAUUUUAUGGAAGAUGAAAUUGUUGAAGAAGAAAUUCAGAUUUCAUCCGAACGAUUAAAGACGAUAUCUCGUGAAAAGCAAAAGCAGGAUAAAUUAAAUAUGAAAAAAGCUCCAAUUGCUCACAUGUUUCGACCAGAAUUUAUUCCUAUUUUGAUCUCUUCAUUACGUAAAGGAGCAGUUAUAGCUAGUUCUACAAGCGAGAGAGACUUAAAUGGACAAAAUUCUCAUGUUGAUUUUGUAAAAGUUACUUCUGAUGAAAUUGAGAUUAAGGACAAAAAUACUAGUGGGCAAAAGAGGGGACGAAAGCCGAAAAAGACCAAACAAAAAGAACAAGAAGAAAUCAAAAUAUCUCCACAAUCUAGUGAACUCAAUUUAAACAAUAAAGAGCUUCAAUCAAAAGAAAAAUCUCAACAAAUACCAACACUUUUGGAAAUCGCAUUGAGCCGUGUAGUUGCAUCAGAAAUGAAUUCAAGUAAAAAAUUGUGGGUAAAUGUCCGGUUGGUGUCCUACAUGUCCGCAAAGAGAAUGCGCAUUUUUCCUUCCUUCUCUUGCAUUUUUUCCUGCAAGGAGUGGCGCCCAUUUUUCACUUAUGUAUGGUAUGCCUUUUGGAACGUGGAAGAAAAGAGGAAAAAUAAUUAA